CGAUUACCGUAAAUAAUAGGUUUAUUAAAAAUAAACACUUUUUUUACAUUCUUCUUUAAUGAUUUUUGUGUCAUCAGACGAUAUUUAAAUAAUAAACUACUUUUUUUCAGGAAUAUAUUAAAUGAAGAAAGAUACUGAAAAAUGAAUUCAUCUAUAUCACGCCAUACUAAGCCUCCACAAAUUCAAAUGAAAUUAUCUGAAACAAAACAAGAAAAUGUACCAGUAAAUAAUUCACCAACGAUACCACAAUGUACACCUACAUCAUCGACACCAUCAGAAGCUGAUGAAGAAGUACGAAUAGUGUUUUUAGGUUCAGCUAAAGUUGGAAAGACUUCAAUCAUUCAGCGUUUUCUCCAUAACCAUUUCGAAACAAAAUAUAUACCAACCGUUGAGGAUAUUCACUUGAAAAAGUUCAUAGUACGUAAUCACAUAGUAAAACUUGUUUUAAUAGACACAGCUGGCAGUUAUGAUUUUCCAGCUAUGUUGCGGUUAUGCAUAAGUAAAGCAAAUGCAUUUGUUAUUGUAUUUGCUCAUGAUAGCCUUGAUUCACUCGUACAAGCUGGUCAGCUGUUAUCACAAAUUAAAUCUCAACGUAAAGAUUAUGUCUCUCUAACUUCAAAUCUAUCACAUGAGCAAAAUGAAGAUUGUGUACCUAGCAUGAACAUGGCAUCACCAAUUACUGUUGUGUGCAAUAAGUCCGAUUUACCAAAUUCAUAUUCACAAAUCAGUGAAGGUGCUAUAAUGGAAUGGUUGCUUACAAAUGGUUUAAAGCCAUCACAAUUCGUAUAUGUUAGUGCAAAAACAAACGACUCAAUUAUGUCAAUAUUUGAAUCACUAUGGUUACAAAAUGAUGUGAGUAAGGCAAUAACGUUGGUUAAAUGGGAUGGUACUAGACGAGCUAGUCUGAGUAAUACCCAACAAGCCGGAAUAACUACUAGUAUUGGCAGUAAUACAAUCAGUAAUACAUCGGGAAAUAUGUUGCCCACUGGAAUAAGAGAAACAGAUUUUUCUGCGCUUAGUGGUACUGUACCUAAUAAUACGGUCGCAUCGAAUGAUAGUAAUAUCAAUCUUAAUACUCUUAGUAAUGAAUUAUCUGAUGUGAAUAUAACUGAACGAAAGCAUUCAAAGUUUCGUCAAGGAAUCUUUCGUAAUAGUUUGCGUUUAAGUCGAAGAUCUAGUGGAAAGACAAACAAAUGUAAACCAGAUUUAGUUUAUCUAGAUUGUACAAUAUCUUAAUAGCAAUUUAAAUGCUUUAUUAAAAAAUACACAAUUAACAUUUUAUUGUGAAACUCUGUAUCCAAAAAAAAGUUUCGAUAAAGAAAUAUAUAUCCUAGUUACCAUCAAAAAUACGUUUAAAAUUAUUCCAUCCAUCGUUUCUUACACAAAUUAUCAUAUAUUCUUCAUUGUCGAUGUAAAAUGUCUACACAAAUUCUUAUAUGGUGUCCUUGAAAAUAUGUUGUCUAUAUUAGUGCGUCUGUUUCUUGUGUACAUUCCGUGAAAAUUUACUUAUAUGAUAUUUUUGUAAGUCUCAAAUAAUUAUCAAACAGAAAAAUAAAAAUUUUUUUAUCAAAAUUCAAUAAGCUUUCAUUUUAUUUUAAUUAUUUUCUGUUAAAAAUUCUUAUAUUAAUACUCGUAAAUUCACUUUCUGCACAAUUUUAUCUCACUAUAUUUUCUUGAAUGCAAAUAUUGUUUCUAGGAAUGCAACAGUGAAACAGUAACAUGAAGAUUUUACUUAACUAAAUUAGAAAUUUGCAAUUUCAAACAUAAUAUAAAUGAUCAUAUUUACUCAGUGCUAUUAGUCUUAAACGAUAUAUAAGUAUAUGUUCAUUAAAACAUAAUUUUAGAAGAAAAUUUGAUUUUGUAAAUUUAAACCGGUAGACCAACUAGAACCAUAAUAAAUUUUAG